CAACAUUUCCCACUGAGUCCGCUCGGCUGAUUGGAACUCAAUGAAGAAAGCGUAAUGGCGACAGCGGCCGGGAAGGCCUUUUAUUGUGUUAUUAGGGAAAAAAUCAUGUUUUGAGCUUCAGACUUGCGUUUUAAAUUAGUGUAUUGUUAUUUUAAAAGUACAGUUCGGGAAAAAAAUAUACUGCUUUCAUACACCGCCGCAAAUUGCGUAGCACGCCGCUAUGGAAGAAGAGGAGGAAUUUGACGAAGUUGACGGGGUCCGCCCCAACGUGGAGCAAGAGCAGUGCCAUGGAGAAAGAGAAGGCAGGGCAGAGGAAAAACGGACAAGGCUGCGAUGCUGUCAGCAUGAGAGGGAAGCUUCUGGUGUCCAGCCUGGUGACAUGGAUGCGGCAGCUCCCACGAUAUCUGACCGACCAGUCUCCCCCAUCUCACUGCACUGCCUCCCCCAUCAGUCUGACGACAGUAUGAUUUUAGACAUUGAGGUCACAGCUGAAGUCAGAAUUGAAGGCAGCUCCAGUUUGGCUCUCCUGCCCUUGGCUGCCCCUCGUUUACUGCGGAGUGGAAAGCCAGCGUUUUUUUGUGAUCAGUCUCCCUUCAUCUUGAGUCAUCCUUCAUCCAUCUGGACCAAAGGUCUGGACAGAGGUCUGAUGAAUCUGUCCUCCUGGCCUUGGCAGUUUAACACAGGCUCAGCUGCUACCAUGGCCACUGUACCUGGCACAGUUAUGACUGCGAAGAGCCCCUUCCCUUCACCCCCCUGCACUUCACCAUCGUCUCCCUCCUCUGCUCCAUCAUCACCUUCGUCUUCACCUUCAUCCUCGACCUCUUCUCCUGGAAGCACAGUUGUUGGUUACCAUGAUAAUGAUAGGAGUCGCACAGAGGGUGGCGCAGUUUCCAGUGCGACGGGGGAAGCCGUCUCCUCUACCUCGGUCUCGCUGGCACCCCCUGCGCACCCGCUGCCCCCUUCUUCCGGUACCUCUGUCCAUCUCUCUUCCUCACCCUGCCCAGUACCAGGAAGAGCAAGCAUCGAAAUCUAUGACCCAUUUCAUCCGACAGAGGGGGAGGCAGACAGAGAAGGCAGGGCAUCAGUGGAAGAUGACGAGGAAGAGGAUGAGGAAGACAUGGACAAGUAUGACCCAUUUGAUCCCACGGGUUCCCCAGCCUCAGAGAGAGGGAGGGAACGUGGAAUAGAAGCUGAGGAUGAAAAUGGCGUGGCCAGGAAGGCCAUGCUUUUGAUAGAGACACGUGUGGAGGGGCCAGGGAGGGAGAAAAUGAGGGAUAGGGCUCCUUCAGUUUCUACUGACCCCACUGUCUGUAGGCCACGGGAGGAGAGGGAACAGGCCAGAGGCAGAGAAAAUAAGAGAGAGAGGGGCAAAGGAGGAAGGGAAAGGAAAGAGGUUGAUAGUGAUAAUUCAGAAAUCGAGGAAGGAGAGAUUGUAGGUGCAGGUGACCGGGAGAGAGACAGGAAGAGGGACAAAACAGGAGAGAGGGUACGUGCUCCCGAUAGUCCCUUCCUCCACUCCUGUCGCCAGCCAGAACGGAUCCUCCGUGUUUUGGAUGGUGACGACUUUGUGUCUGUGAGAGCAGAAGGUAACUGGGCUUUGGGGAGAGAACGGGAUGGAGUGGGAGAUCUGAGGAGGAAGCUGGUCAGCAGACGGAAGGAGAGGUUUCGAUCUGGCCCUUCCUCUUCCCUCUCUCCCCCACUGCCUCUUCCACUCCCUGUUUCGUCUGUUCCAGCCCCCAAAGAGAAAGAGAGAAGCAGGAAGUCCACCAGGGGGUCCAAGGAUCGAGAAAGGCAUAAACGGAAGCAGGACAGGGGUGGUGAGAAACCAGACAGGAAGAGGGGAAAAGAUGAUGGAAGUAAAGAAAAGAAGGAGAGGGACACAGAGAGGGAUGGCAGGAGGGGGCAGGAGGAGAAGAGAAGGGAAGAAGACAGAGGAAGGAGCAGCAGGAGCAGUAGCAGUAAAAGGAAGAAAAGAUUGACUAGCCCAAAGCGCUCCUCAUACUCACAGAGCUCCUCUCACCGGCAGAAGCACAGGCGACACUCCUCAUCCAGCCAUUCAGAGGACCGGCGUCGGGACAGGGACCGAGAAAGGAGAGAGGAAAGAGAGUGGGACAAGGAGCAAGACUCCACCAAGAAGUCAAAGCGUAAGAGGGAGAGGGGAGAGCAAGCGGAGGAGUCUGGCAGCAGGGAAAGAAGAGGGGGAAGCCGGAAAAAUACAAAGUCGAGUAGGGAGCAGAGGGAGCGAGGCAGAGAGAGGGAUCGUAACAGGGAUCCUGAAAGGGAGAGGUGGCGAAGGGAUGGCCGGCCUGUAGUGCCUCCGUCCAUCCAAGACCUCAACGGUUCAGACUUGUUUGCUAUCAAGCGCACCAUUACUGUCACAACUACCACAACUACCACCACAGUCCCAGGAUCACCUCCACUGCCCCAGGCUACCCCAGAUACCCCACCUCAGGCCUCCGACAAGCCACGCAAGAAGAAAAGGAAGAGGAAAAGACGGGAAGAGAAGGAAGAUGAGGAAGAGGAGAUGCCAAUGAGUCAAUCACGUGACUCUUCUCUCACACCUUUGAGGUACCAUGAUUUUGACUCGGACCAGUUCUCUGACAAAUUAGGUGUGGAAGUGUUGUCUUUGGAUGGGGAGGCCCUUGACUCAGACUAUCCGUCGCUGGAAGACACUCCUCCACACCUGCCACCACCAUCCCCCCAUCCAAGCCCUAAACCCAAGGUUAAGUCCAAAACUGGUAGACAUGUCAAGAAGAAAUCCCGAACAGGCAAAAAAACUAACCUUGCAGAGACUUCUCAUAGACCAAAAUCUGGAAAAGGUCUAUCAUCUCUCUCCCCUCCAUCAGUUCCCUCAGUUAAUGUACCUACCAAGCAUAUCCAGAAGGCAGGGAAAGAGAAGGGGGUGAAGAAGGAAGGAGGUCGUUCAGGCAAGUCCAAAAAGUUGAGCAGAGGAACUCGUAAGGGAAAGCUCCAGUCCAAGGUGUCUGUCCUGGUGCGGGAUGGGGUGAGCAGCACCACAGGUGGGAGUGGCGUAGGGAAACGGGGGGUAGUUGUUGGGAGUAGUAAAGAUCUGUCAGCUUCAAGUGGAAGCAGCAGUGCGGGAGUUGUUGGGGGCUCCAUUGCUGUGGUCUUCCGCCGGGACAAUGAGAGCCGGUCACCUUUCCUCAAACCCUGUUCUGAGCCUGUCUCUGUCUCAAAAGGACGGAAAUGUGGGACCCUUUCAGCCUUGGUUCCUCCCUCUUCUUCGUCAUCCUCUUCUUCCUCGUCCUCCCAUCUCUCUGUCAUCAAAUCUAAGAAGGCCGAGCCCAGCUCCACCACCUCUGCCUCCUCAUCCUCAGCCUCCUCACCUUCUUCUUCCUCAACAACGAAGCAGAAGCGGAAACAGGGAAAGAGAGAGCGAGAUCACAGGGAGAAGGGAGGAACUACAGCUGAGGCGGGUGGAGCAGAUGAACGUUGUGGGAUAGGAGGCGAUACUUGGGGUGUGCCACUAUUGGACACACAAUCAGGCCUCACCCCUGGUGGGAAGCCCUCCAGUCCUCCAUCCAGGCCUCAGGCUGUACCCUCAUGCUCAUCGUCAUCCUCUGCCUCAGCCAGCAUUCUCCCACCAUCAUCUUCACCCCCCUGCAGCCCUCCGGUUACCCUCCCUGUUUCUCGUGACACUAGGGAAUCCACUCCAGACUCUCAGACUGUGGACAGCAGCUGCAAGACCCCAGAACCCCCAUUUGUGUCUGAUGAUAUAACAACACAGAUCCAAGCAUCCCCACUCAUACCUCUAUCUAAUGCUCCCCCAAGCCCACCAUCUCUUCAGACACCCCUGAGUGGCACCCCAGGAGUUGUGCAGUCUUGCACAGACCUCAAGUUGCCACCGGAAGAGCAGAAAGCACCUACAUCCCCUCCCUGUUCCUCCUCCUCUUCUGCGAACUCGACUGCUGCUUCACUCAAUCUCUCACUCCCAGCCUCAUCUGCUGACCACUCCUCAUCGGCCUCCUCUUCAGUUUCGUCUUCAUCGACUACCAAGCCACCACCUCCCCCGCCACCUGGAGCCCCACCUCUUCCAUGGAGCCUACAGACAGGAGUGGAUUGCACUGCUGGGGGGGUCUUAGCUUUGACGGCUCUCUUGUUUAAAAUGGAAGAGGCCAAUCUGGCCAGCCGUGCAAAAGCACAAGAGUUCAUUCAAGCUACCAGCCAGAUUCUCUCACAGGCUAACCAGAGCCAGACUCUACCCCCUUCUUCGUCGUCCUCUUCCUCCACCUCAUCGCAAGUUGCCCCUUUGCCAUCUCUCGCCCCGCCUUCUGUCCCGACUCCUGCCCAGUUCAUCCUCCACAGCUCUCUCCCAUUGGUUGGCUGUACCAAGACCCCGCCACCUCACCUGCAUCCCGGCUUGUCGUUGGGUGCGGGAUGUGCGCAGACUCCCCCUUUACACAGCGGGUCAUUAGGCACAACGGGGGUAUCAAGUGACACUAGCUGGGACGGGGAAAGCAAAGACCCAGAUAAGUAUCUGAAGAAGCUUCACACCCAAGAGAGGGCUGUGGAGGAGGUGAAACUGGCCAUCAAGCCCUACUACCAGCGCAAGGACAUCAACAAGGAUGAAUAUAAAGACAUUCUGAGGAAGGCUGUGCACAAGAUAUGCCAUAGUCGUACUGGUGAGAUCAACCCAGUCAAGGUUAGCAACCUGGUCAAGCUCUACGUCCAGAGAUACAAGUACUUCCGGAAGCACGGGCGGAAAGUAGGCGAGGAUGAUCGGGAUGGAGACAGAGAUCCAGCUGCUCUGCAUUCAUCAUCCUGAUUGUUUCCAAUGCAUCAAUUAGCCCAGCUGCUGAACAUGCAUUUGUUGCUCCUAUGCUAUUGGCCAGAGACUUUAGUGGCAGACACUGAGCUAUGCCUGCUCUUCCCCAGCGUCCUUGCCUUGUCAAUGCCAUCGAAACACAUGCAUUGCUGUGCUCCUUUCUUUCGCUUUGUCUUGCUGUACAGAUGUAUCAACAGAAAUACAAAGUAUGUACUGGAAGACGCAGGCUGAUGCUGUCCAUACUGUGCAUUACGCGUACUUGCUCUCCUUCAGUUGUGUACAGGUUUUAUCGUUGGUUGUUGGUUGGUAUAAAUAUAGGGAUUUCACAUACA